AAAAAAAAAAAAAUCGGGAAGGACCUUCCCGAUUUUUUUUUGAGGGGAGGGGCGGCUGUACACAGGCUAACCUUGUGUAAAGGAGUAAAGUGUGGGAGAACACUGAUGAACACAGCUCAUGAAAGCGGUAUUGUUACAAAGACUCGAUUUAUUAGGGUCUGUAUCGUAUCGGAACGCAAAAAGGUUUUGUUUUCAAAGGUAUGCCAUAGGAUGCCAUGGCCGCGAACACUCCAAUUAAAGGUAACAUCGAAAGUCACAUCACUCCUUCAGUUGCUGACACAUUGGAAUUUGAUAACGACACAUUGAGGGCGAUAGCAGAGGUUUACAUGAUUGAAGGUAACAAAGAAUACUUCGAAAAAGAAUUCAACAACGCCAUUUAUCUCUAUACGGAAGGAAUUAAAGUGAACUGCAAAGAUGAAGAAUUAAACGCCAAACUGUACAGCAACAGAGCGACAGCGCAUUUUUGCUUGGGCAACUUCUCUGAGACGUUGAGCGAUGCAAAAGCGGCUGUUGAACUGCGACCGACCUUUACUAAGGCCGUAGUAAAAGGAGUUAGCGCCUGCAUAGAACUGAAUCUGUUUGAAGAAGCUAUCACAUGGUGUGUAAAAGGACUCUCCCUUGAUCAAAACAACAAAACAUUGUUGGAAAUGAAGAACAGACUUGAAGUGGUAAUGUACAAUGGUGGAGGAACUCAAGUAGAAGGAAAGGGAUGCCGUGCUGUAGAAAGUUCACACAAGACGUCAGAGAUGGGUAACUUAGCUGGAGACGCACAAGACAGGGCGUGGCGGCACAGCGAGGCGGCUCGUUAUAGAGACCUUGCUAGCAUGUACAAAAGGCAAGGCCAAAACUUCAGAUCUAUCGAGUACUUCGAGAAGAGUCUUCAGAUAUACCAUGGAAUUGGAGACCGCAAAGAAGAAGGUGGAAUCUACAAUUGCCUUGGCGCUGUCUAUGCUAACAUCGGCCAACGUGAGAAAGCAGUAGAGUGUUUUGAAAAUGAACUGGCAAUAUGUAAAGAGACUGGAAACAGCGAAGGAGCAGUUACGUGUUACAACAACCUGGGCGGAAUCUACAGUUACAAUGGCCAAUAUGAAAACGCGAUCAGUCAUGUUGAAAAAGGGCUUGAGAUUGCUGAAGAAACUGGAUACGUGAAAGGGCAGAAAGACUCGUUCAGCAAUCUGGGUACAAUUUUCAUUGAAUGCGGCCAAUAUGAAAGAGGGAUCGACUAUUGCAAGAAAUCUCUAGCUAUAAUGAAAGAAAGUGGAGAUAAACAGGGUGAAGGAAAAUUAUACAACCAUCUUGGUCAAGCAUAUAAUGCACUCGGCUUACACGACAAAUCAAUCAAGAUUUCAGAGAAAGCUCUUGAAGCAAAUGGUACGGCUGGAGACGGAAGAGAAAAAUUCAAUUCCUUUUACAACCUUGGCAGGGCGUAUAGCGCUUUAGGAAGCUGCAAAAAGUCGGCGGAGUAUUAUGAGAAAGCCGUCAGUGCCAGUAAAGAAAACAAACAAAGUAAAAAUGAGGCGUGUUGCUACAGCGAUCUCGGUGUUGUCAAUCAAGAUAUGGGACAGUAUGAGAAGGCAAUUGAGUAUCACGAAAAAGCACUUUUAAUUGCUGAAGAAAAAGGAUACAAAAACGACAUUGCAAAAUGNGAAAUGUAG